AUGAGCAAGAUCGUCCAUAGAAAGACACCUGGACAAUGUUUCGAGUCUCACGAAACUCCCGAAAGGGCGUCCAAGGCUAUUCCAGAGCCAACCAUCGACAAUGCAGAAAGCUUUAUCACUGUGGCCACUAGGGGUACCCCCGAGGGAUCUAUCGUUAUUCACGAACGCUUCCUAAAGUCCACUAGAGAGGGCCCCACUGGGAUAUCUUGUGUUCUCGCAACUCCUCCGGAAUAUCAAUUACUUCAACAUGUUCAACACAAAAGAGCCCCAUAUGAUAUGUGGGUUGAAGAUGUUCCUCUCAAAAACCAGAGGAUCAUCCGCUGCCUUAUAGUUCCUGAUUCGGACUACACAGUUAUCCCCAUGAGCCUUGGGGAGAAAAGAGACAGAAAUUAUGCUAGACAUGGAUAUUUUCUUCAACCAACCAAUGGCGGUGUACGCAUGGUUCCUGGUCAUCGUAAAGACGUUAAAUUCGAUCUCAUAUUUUGGGAUUUUGAACGGAAUGACAAAAAUGCAGGUCUUCACGGGGCUGGUGCCCGGAGGUUUCCUAUUGAUACUGCAGUCUUGCUUGAUCCAGGGCCUCCCUAUCAAUCCUGUGCAUUUGGGAAUCCUGUCUGUUUGAUAGGAAUGGAUUUCUUGAGAAAGUACCCUUAUCUUAUGUUUGUACCCAGUGUUGACUACCGCGGAGAGGUGGACUUCACGCUCUCUGGGAACCCUAUGUUUUACAGGUCGUAUACAACCUUUACAGAACUCUCGAAGACGCUUAUCGUCCACAUUUGUGCUAAAUAUGAUGAAGGGACUGGGAAUAUUGGGUGUGGUGUCUUUUUCAAGUCCGGGUCUAUCUUCAACAUCUUCUCUGGUGUUAGUAGGUAUGAUAAUAAUGGGAGAGAGAAUAAGGAACAUUUAUGGGAACGGGGUCUUUUAAUAGGAAUUAUCAAAGCGCUGCAUGUGGUUGCGUCAUUCCCAGUUGGACAUGGCUUCACGGAUUUAGUUAUCAGGACCGGAAGUCCACCUAUGAACCAGCUCUUAAAUCAGAAAAAUAACCACGGAAAUGAUGGUUACAAAUUCCAACGCAUCGGCGAUAAAAGAGAAUCCACUUUGCAUACUUCAAUCUAUCCGGACCUAGUUCAGUACAUCCGUACCAAUUUUCUUGGGAAAGAAUCCUCGGUCAAAGCCCGAUUUGAAGACUUUAGCACGAAUGAGCAUUAUGAUGCUAUUGAGGCUGCAGGGAUACUUGCGUCUGGAGGUGCCAAAAUGGAGGAGUUCUAUUUGGAAAAAUCUGCGCAAAAAUACAAUCGGGAUUACAUGAAAUCUAAGCGCAUCAGUCCUCUAGGACAGGACCCAAACAUUCUAAAGGAACUGUUUACCAGUUUUGGAAUUGAUGGUUAUUUCAAAAUUCCCUCCAAAGACGCAUUAGGAAUCAUGAAAGCUGCAGAUCAAGAGUCUUAUUUAUCUUUGUCUAGGGAAGAUGCUGUAUUUAGGCUGGGCUAUCCUGCUUGGGAAGGGGAGGUUGCAGCUGAACCGAGUGGCUUUCUCGAUGAGAAGAAUUAUGAAUUUUAUAAAUUCUCCCCAGUUAGUGAUUUAAAAACAUUAAAGGGUAUAUUGGGGGAGGAUUCUUUGAAAAAAAUGAUGAUUUGCAUCAAGAAUCCCGGCUGGACUACUGGCGAAAUCAUGGAUAUCAUAAGUGGUUCGACCAGAAAACUCAAGGUCCACGAAUAUCUUGCAAUGCAGACAAAGGAAUAUCGUGAUCAAUAUCUUAAGGAACUGGAAAGCAAGGGGCUCGAGAAAGGCUGGCAUUUUUGUAAGGAUAAAUCAUGGAACGGGUACAUGAGAAAGAACGCCAAGGGUCGCACGUUGGAGGAAUGUCUCGGGGUAUCAAGUCGUGAAGAAAAGGUUAUACCUAAUAAGAUAUCGGAAUCCUCGCAGUUCCGCACUCAGAAGUAUUCCCAAGUGCCCGAGUUAGGUGACACGGGCCCCGGUGACACCUCUUACCAUAGCAAUUAUACUUCUGAGAGUGAAGACAUUUCAUCGACUGGGGAGUUUAGCGAAACGAAACGAUCCAUAAAAUCGAUAGGUCUUAAGGCCAACAAUGAAUGGCUGCCGCUUAUGAAACUAGGAGCUGUCACUAGAAUGGAGCCCACCACAAGCGAGAGCGACCUCACAUAUAAAUACGAGAGUUCAAAUGAUGACCAGAGUCACUCAUCUGAGAUGUGGGAAGAUUCUGGAACGUGUACCAACCCCAUCGAACUUAUCGAAUCUGAUCUCAAUGAUCAGUAUCCAACAACAGCAACCACGCCAAAGAUUGCCGGCGAGGAUGAGCAUUUGAAGGGAAAACAAAAAACUUCCUAUCAGUACUCCGCAAAGUUUCAUCAGGAACCAGAAAUCUUUCAUCAAACCUGGGAAACUUAUCUAUCGGGUAGCAAGAAUAAGCUAGAAAGGAGCCCCGAGGAAGCGCCUCCUAGUUUCCGAAAACGUAAGCAACCCAUUGAUACCGCAAAAGGUAGCUCUAGUACUAGUACAUCGUGGAUACCAGAUUCAAAAACCAAUACGACUCUAUAUAGAGCCAAGGUGAAGAGCAAAAGCUACCAUUUUACAUUAGGAGAUUCAACAGAUUCAUUCGAAAGUGAAGAGGGGCUUGAUUUGAAAAACAGGGCAGCAGAGCCAAAAUGGCCGCCCUUUGAAUGGGCUCUGGAGAACGGUUUCCAGGGGACGACUUCCUAA